UGAAAUAAUUUAUUCGUUUUUGUUUCGACUUUCAAAGAAAGUUUUAGUCUCUAGACUAAUUUCAACUUUUUAACUAGCAAUUUUUGGUGGAUGCAUUUACGGAGUCUGAGAUAUUGAUGCCCAAUGCUAAGCGGCCGUGACCGAGUGUGAUAAGGCGCGCGUCUCUCAGGACGAGGAUCACGGAAAUGUUAUUUGCACUCACAGUCAGAGGUGUCCCAGUGUCAUCCGCCUCAAGGUAGUAACGGCUAUGGCGAAAUGAAUGACAUACCACCUCCCCAUUGAGGGUCCUGCAUUGAGUAGGCUUGGGUUUAAAUGCACAAAGUGUAGAAGAUAUUUCACCUGUGAGCGUUUUCACAAAACUAUAAUAGUUUUUAUAUGGGACUACCUCGACUACUAUAGUUCAAAUUAGGAUAAUUAACGUGGAAGAAGUUUAAAUUAUUCGACAUUGAAAUGUGCUUAGCAAUUUGUUCUUAUUAAUACGUUGCCAGCCGUAUAUUCACAUUUUUACUCUAGGUAGUGUGUUGCGGUAUAAGGAACUUUUGAUGGCUUUAGAGGGCAUUCAGAACAUUUAGAGCUUUGAUCUGAUACGAUCCGUCUUGUUAUGUAUAGAAGGAUGACUCAGAACAAUUUCUCUUGAGGGAUGGAAAAUGUACUGUCAAUUUGUACUGUCAAUUUUUCAAGAUCUUAAUUGAUGGCUGUUACCCUUGGCUACUGGAACAUCCGUGGUCUUGCCGAACAAAUCCGACUCGUUCUGGAGUAUCUGGAGAUACCUUAUGAGCAGAAGAUAUACACUCCCGAAGGAUACCAAGAGUGGUUUGCGAAGGACAAACUUGAACUGGGAAUCGAUUUUCCUAAUUUGCCAUAUCUGGUUGACGGAGACUUCAAAACAUCACAAUCAUGUGCAAUUUUGAAAUACAUUGGCCGGAAACACGGAUUAUUUGGCGGAGGUUCAAACGAGGAAAUAACCAAACAAGAGGCAAUGUUGGAUACUGUUCAUGAUAUGCGAAAUAGGUUCUCGACGCUUUGUUACGGCGAUGAUUUCGAAGCGAAAACCGCCGAAUAUUCGGAAUACUGUGUGAAAAUGCUGAAACAGUUCGAAAUGUGGUUUGCAAGCAAGAAAUAUUUGCUAGGUGACAAACUGUUUGUUGGAGAUUUCUACAUGUACGAGGUGUUAGAUAUCAACGAAGUCUUUGAUUCGAAAGUGCUGGAGCCGUUUUCGAAUGUAGCGAGGUUCAAAAAAGACAUAGCUUCUCUACCGCAGAUCGAAAAGUAUCUGAAAAGCGACAAAUUUAAGAAGUUUCCUAUUAAUGGGCCAUCGGCUAAAUGGGGUGGAGGCAAAGAACAGUGAAUGCGCAACUAAACUACUAAUUGUUUGUAAUUUGCAUUAAAAAUUACUUGAAUUACUCCGAUGCAUAUGGAAAUUCAAUUUUUUCCAUUGACUGAAACCUGUUUGCCAGAAUGAUGCAUAUCUUGACUUAGCAAUAUUAUGUAAAUUUAAGAGUUAAUAACCUAGAUAUUCAUUUAAAUAAUGUGUGUGAAUAACCUAGAUAUUCAAUUAAAUAAUGUGUGUGGCGA